AAUUUCUUCCAGAAAAUUCUCAUCCUUCUCUUAUAUAUAAUGCAUUGGUAUUGACUCAGCUUUCGCAUUCUCCGCUCGGUGCUUCUGCUCGCCACACUCUCCUCUGCCAGUUGGUUGGUGAUCUCUAUUUUCGAUCUCGUCUCGCCGAUCGCGUUGCUCUGAAAAUGGUGAAGAGCUAUCCGUCCGUGAGUGAGGAGUACAUCAAGGCCGUUGACAAGGCCAAGAAGAAACUCAGGGGUUUCAUUGCUGAGAAGAACUGCGCUCCGCUAAUGCUCCGUCUUGCAUGGCACUCUGCUGGUACAUAUGACCAGGGCAGCAAGACUGGAGGUCCUUUUGGAACAAUGAGAUUCCAUGCUGAGCAAGCGCAUGGUGCUAACAAUGGCAUUGACAUUGCUAUUAGGCUCCUGGAGCCCAUCAAGCAGCAGUUCCCCAUCAUUUCCUAUGCUGACUUCUAUCAGUUGGCUGGAGUGGUUGCUGUUGAAGUCACCGGUGGGCCUGAAGUUCCUUUCCACCCUGGAAGGCCGGACAAGGAGGAGCCGCCAGUUGAGGGCCGAUUGCCCGAUGCUACCAAGGGAUCCGAUCACCUCAGGGACGUCUUCAUUAAACAAAUGGGCCUGUCUGACCAAGACAUUGUUGCACUUUCUGGUGGCCACACCCUGGGACGAUGCCACAAAGAACGUUCUGGAUUCGAGGGACCUUGGACCGAAAACCCUCUAAUCUUUGACAACUCUUACUUCAAGGAGCUGCUAUCAGGCGAGAAAGAAGGGCUCCUGCAGCUGCCAUCCGACAAGGCUCUUCUUACUGAUCCUGCCUUCCGCCCACUCGUCGAAAAAUAUGCUGCGGAUGAGGAUGCCUUCUUUGCUGACUAUGCAGAGGCACACUUGAAGCUGUCCGAGCUCGGAUUUGCUGAUGCAUAAGCGGGGUAGGGUGCGUACUGAGAGCCUCAGGUGAGGCAGGGAAUGUUUUGUCAUAUUUUCCAUUAUGGAUUGGAAACACUAGUAUUGAUCUUUCUGUGCUUAACGAUGGAUGGAUGGCUUUCGUUGGAUUGAUCUUUUUGGUACCCCCACCUACAUACAUUACAUUAUGUUAUGUAGAAGGAAACUUUUAUUAAUAAAUUUUGCAUUAUGGAUAA